UCAUCGCGUGGAGAACAGAGCCCUCUGGAAAGUUAGGGUACCUGACUAAACAUGUCGGCGCCCACUAGCGCGCAUGCAGCAACACGUCCUCUUGCAUGGUCCCGAAGUUGCAUCUGCUGCCUGCUGAAACAUUGCUGCUGCAUAACUUGAAAAUUGACUGGUGCCAGCCAGCUAUGUUCCGACACCAGCUGUACCUGGCCGGUUGUAUGUUCUCAGGUUCUAAUCUGUGUGGCCUUCUGCACAAAGCUCGAAAUGUCGCGCCUGGAUUCCUCCAAAAAAUGGCCCAAAAGAGAACUGGAACAAUUCACACAUCCUGCUCCAGUUUACAGUUGUGCAAAUUGCAUAAAUGUCAGCACGAGAAGGCCUCAUCCGUCUAUCAGUGGAAGCUAGAAGGUUCAAGAACAAUCCACCGAAAGAUGACUGAUCUAUGGACGCCUAAUAGCAGGGGCCUUUCCACAUCAUGUACGCCUCGUACCCCUGCAAGGUGUUUGUGCUCUGUCAUGACAAAACAUGGAUUUCCAUACCAUGAAAGGACUCCAGCGUGGAGGAUGUUUAGAGUGAAGCAUACAAAGAGCGGCCAAGGUGAAGUACCUCUCGUCUUUGUGAAUAAGGCUCCGUCGGUGGUGGGCAAGAAAAAUCAGAAGAAACAACCCACGGAGCCCAAGUCCCCGGUUGUCAGGUCACGGACCAAAAAGCCAACAAGGCUGGGGCUGCAGGAUAAAAAGGAUACCCAGGAUUCUUGGCUGUGCACUGCCUUCUCCACGGCUGAGGAGUACCACCUGGAGCACCUCAGUCUGGACCUACAGUCCCAGGGAUCGUUUCUGCCCGUUGCGAUGCCACAGGAUGCUCAAGAUGUCUUAUUGAUGGACGUUGCAUCGUCGGACGCUGAAAACAAGACUGAGCCGUCGGAAAUGUUCUUCUUCCGUGAAGGAUCCGUUGUCUUCUGGAAUGUUCCGGACUCAACCCUAAAGAAGGUUUUGCGGAUUGUCAACAAGUACGAGUCGCGACCCUACGAGGUUGCCUUGGUUACAUGGGAGAACGAGCACAUCAACUAUUCCUAUGGCAGUCAGGGUACCAAGCUGACAGAUGAUGCUAUUAUCCUAGACGAAAACGCUGAUACAGAGACCACAAUGCUUGAGAAAUUUGCAUUCUCAAAUGCCAUGGCAUUAUCAGUGAAACUUGGCAUUUGGGAAUUGUCCGUUGAUAAAUUCACGUCAUCCCUUGAAAGAAUCCCUGAGAGUCUCAAGCAUGGCCAUCGCUUGAAGAUGUCGCGCCUGGAGGUGAUGCGUAAGACAGGGGAGCUAUUCUCCCUGAGACAUCAGAUUAACCUCAGCUCUGAUCUGCUCAUCUCGCCGGACUUCUACUGGGACCGAGAUGACCUGGACGAACUCUACAACAAGACCUGCCAUUUCUACAGCAUCGGAAGACGGACAAGGGUCACCAAUGAGAAGCUGAACCAUUGCUCAGAACUCGUGGAACUCAUGAGAACUCACCUGAGUGAGCGCCACUCGCUGAAGCUGGAAUGGAUGAUCAUUUUACUCAUAGCAGUUGAGGUCAUGUUUGAGGUGGUUCACUACAUCAGGAGAUACUAUGAGGACAGUGGUCAAGGCAUAGCAGAACAAACAACAUCCAUGCGACGUAGGUGACGGUGGUCGAGUGAAAACAUGGAGUGCAAUGCUUCCUUUUGAACAUUUCAAUAAUGUCCAAUCGUAUGACAUAUAAAGUACCACGUGACCAUCCAGUUUCCCUGUCAUUGGCCACCAGUAGGCAAGCAUUUGGUUAGCAAUCACGUCAAGCCUGUAAACUAGACGAAAGGGCUAAUUCUCUUGUAAAAUCACCGCGAAAUUCUUCAUCCAGUAGCAUAAUGGUCACAACAUGUACCUGUGCCGUGAUUGGUCGUCAUAAUUGUGUUGCUCCGUGCUUUUACAGUUUUUGCCAUCCAUUACAGCUUAUUUGUUGCUCGCGGCGCUAUACGAUCUGCGCCUACUACAAUGGCGACGCUAAUGUAGGCCGGGUCACACAAGUCAGUAAGACAGCCAUAUUGGUAAAUUAUUUGCUGUUGCCAGAAAAUAUCAUGAUGGAAAAACAAUGCAUCUGUUAAUGGACUGUUCUAAAUUUGGAAUGCAAGGAAUGGUUCACAUUUGGGCACGUAAUUACAGUCCAAUCUCGGUAGUACAAACUCUGUUAAUACAAAAUUCUGGUUAUGACAAACAUAAAGCCUUAGUCCCGACUGUGCAUUUAUGUGCACAAUGAAUGGGACUGAUGUUCCUCUCAGUACAAAAUUCUGAUAUAACAAACAAUUUGGCUAGGUCCGAACGAGUUUGUAUUAACGAGACUUGACUGUAUUAAUCAAACAUCGUUUGAAGCCUUUUUUUCCCCUUGCAAAACAAUGUGACAAAUAAUGGACGAGGUUGCAUUAGAAUACAACUGGAAAUUUAUUAACCACAAAUACACUUUUCCUUUAAAUCCACUGUACUGUACAAAAUUGCUUAAUUUACAAUUGUCUAAUAAAGUGCGUUCCUUUUGUUUCUGGAUGUAAUGAAGGUUGAAGAAGCAAGGCAUAUAUAUGUUGUUAUAAGUAAGUAACCAAAGGAUAUAUCUGCCCGUUAUUCAAAAAAGAAAAUUAAUUUUAACCGAAAUUCUUUUCAUAAAAAGGAUGUAACAUUUUGUUAUGACGUCCUAAGUUUUUAUAAAAACUGAAUAAAUGUUGAUACAGAAUUUUUUUAUUUUGAAGAAAAAAAUAAUUAUAUUGCUGAUGAAUUACAAGAAAUAUUAAAUAAGUUUCAGAUGCCAAA